AUGGCAUAUUCCUCAAACCAGAAGCUUCCAUACUCCAAAAGCCCAGAAGACUCCUAUUCUAGCCGGUCCAAACAGAGACCCUUAGUUUUGUCUCCCCUACAGUUUCUGGACAAUGAGGGUGUGAUCGUAAAGGGCUGGGAUGCCCACUGCCACUCUCUUCAGAGCCUGGGGUUGAGGUCCUGGGAGAACGGACAAAAGCUGGCAGAAGGCAAGAAUUCCUACAAAGCUUUCCUGGAUCUUUGUAGCACUGGUAGAGAGAGGAAGCGCGCGCAGCCCGGCGUGCUCUUCUUCGCCGACGACGACAACACCUACAGUCUGGAACUCUUCCAGGAGAUGCGAACCACACGCAAGGUCUCUGUCUGGCCAGUGGGCCUGGUUGGCGGGCGACGCUAUGAACGUCCGUUGGUGGAAAAUGGCAAAGUCGUUGGUUGGUACACCGGCUGGAGAGCAGACAGGCCUUUUGCCAUCGACAUGGCAGGAUUUGCUGUAAGCCUUCAAGUCAUCUUGUCCAAUCCAAAAGCUGUAUUUAAGCGCCGUGGAUCCCAGCCAGGGAUGCAAGAAUCUGACUUUCUAAAACAGAUAACAACUGUUGAAGAACUGGAACCGAAAGCAAAUAACUGCACCAAGGUCCUUGUGUGGCACACUCGCACUGAGAAGGUCAAUCUAGCCAACGAGCCCAAGUACCACCUGGACACAGUGAAGAUCGAGGUGUAACUGGGAGCAGCAGUGGGUGUGGAAGAGGACGUUUGGAGGUUAGGCUACAGAGCAUUCAGGUAUUGUUCAUUUUACUUCAGUACAACAGCCUUUAUUGACAUCUGAUGGACAUCUGUUUAAACAGAGCUUGUCAGUUAACAUAAGCUAAUCAGCUGGUAUAAAAUGUGUUUCUGUCUUCAUUUGUUCUGCAUGUUUUCUCUACAACUAAACUGGAAGAUCUUUGUACAGUAUAACUAAUGACACUGCAGGUACCAUUUUUAGUAUCUUAUAUACUUUUCUUUUUUCCCCCCCAUUUGGCCUUAUAACUGGUAGAACUGAACAGGUUUUAGAAACAGAUGACAAGUAUUUUGUCCCCAAUUCCUGACUUAACAACAUUAAUUUAUGUAAGGUUGGUGGCAGUAUAUACUGUAGGAAAUGAAACCCACAAAAAAAGUCUAUGGAUUCAUCUAUUUAAUAUAGGGAUAGAACAUUUUGUCAAUACUAGGCACCAUAAAAUGUAAACACAAUUACUGUCAUAAACCUGGAUAUACCUUCAAGGACUGAAAGUGGCUUUGUUUAGUUACCCUGUUUGCAUAUAGUGCAGAGAAAGGUCGUCAUAUUAGCACUAUGUACAUAAGAGGAGAUCCAAAUUA